UUCCCAAGAAUCCUCAAGACAUUCCUCCAAGGAAUCUAAGGAAAAGAGUGAUUUAAAAGAAUCCUCAAGACAUCAGUCCAAAGAAUCAAAGGAGAGCAAAAGUGGUUCCAAAGAAUCAUCUAGGCAUUCCUCCAAGGAAUCAAAGGAAAAGAGUAAUUCCAAAGAGUCCUCAAGACAACACUCAAAAGAAUCAAAGGAGGACUUAAGUGGUUCCAAAGAAUCAUUGAACAUGGAGACAAGCUUCACUUGGGAAAGCUGGAGUGGAAGUUCCUCAGAAGAAUUGACAACAUCUGCUCCAAGCAGAAGCUGGAUCAACCCCCAAACUACAACCAAGUCUCCACCUGAAAAGCCUCCUGCCCCUGCCUUUCGGUCUCUCUUACUCCCCGAGACUGAUGAAGAAACUGAGGUGACGACUUCAGCACCACCGACAUUUGAAUACAAAAAACGCAGUGAUAACAGUCUUGUGACCGAGCCACCAUUGACCAAUAACUCUCUCUCCUUGAGGACUUCAGCAACAUGCUUGUCAUGGAGUAGUGACCACUUCAUCACCUUUGAUGGUGUUCAUUACAGUUUCUCUGGGACGUGUUCAUACACCCUGGCUGCAGCCUUAGAUGGAACUUGGCAGGUGACCAUUAGGAACCAGGAUUGUGAACUUCUGUCCACAUGUCACAAGAAAUUGGAAUUCAUUCUUGGCCUUGAUGUGAUCACGGUGGAACUUGAAACAGUACUCAUCAAUGACAGCCCAAUGUUCUCAUUCCCCCACAUGGAAAAUGGAAUUUCCCUAAAGAGAGUUGGAGACUUCACGUAUCUUGAGAGCAGUCUUGGUGUCCUUGCACAGUGGGAUAAAAACAUGACUGUCUAUAUCACAGUGCUUGCUGAGCUCAAGGAAUCAACAAUCGGUCUCUGUGGCAUGUAUGAUGACAAUCCAGAAAAUGACUGGUUGAUGCGCAAUGGUGAUCAGGCCUCCUAUGCUGCUCAGAUUGCUCUCUCAUGGGAGGUCCCUUAUCCGGGGGAGAUCUGCCAAUCUAUUGUUGACACCAAUCCUUGCGAUGUUCACUCCACAAGGUUCCAACUGGCCGAGAAUCUGUGCCAGGUUCUUGCAGAAGCAGAGGAAUUCCAACUUUGUCACCAAGAUGUUGAUCCAAUGUUGUUUGUUGAAAGCUGCGUCUAUGACCUGUGUAUGUUUGGUGAAUCUGAUGACCUCAUGAUGGAUGCCCUGUGCGUAUCUCUGGAUGAGUAUUCCAGACAGUGCGCCCAGUCCAGCGUUGUCCUUGAAUGGAGGACUGAUGACUUCUGUCCUAAGCAAUGCCCUGACAUCAUGGAGUACAGUGACUGCAGUUCGCUCUGUCCAGUGACCUGCGAGGCUCAGGACCCAGUGGAGAUGGCCAAACACUGUCCUGCAGACUGUGUCUCUGGAUGCCAGUGUCCCGAGGGUACCGUCCUGGAAGGUGGACGUUGCAUCACUGCUGACCAGUGCCCUUGUGUCCACAACAGGGAGAAGUACCCACCCGGAGGGACAGUGCGGUCAAAGUGUAAUUUAUGUACCUGUGAGGGCGGGCUUUGGGAUUGUGAGAAGUCACUCUGUCAAGCCACCUGCCAAUCAGUUGGUGAUCCUCAUUAUCUAACCUUUGACAAGAGACAGUACAACUUCCAAGGAGGAUGCCGAUACAUUUUAGUGGAGGAUUUUAUUGAGCAAUACCUCAUGGUCCUUGCUGAGAACGUAGAAUGCAACAUGCGCUCUUCCAGGAAAGUGACCUGCACCAAAUCUGCAACCGUCCUCGUCAACGGAACCAACCCGAUUGACCUGAAGCAGGACCAGGUCGUGUUUGUCGACGGUCAGGAAACCAUCCUGCCUUACACCAACGGAGAGGUGGUGGUGCGGAGAGCAUCCUCCAAGUUUAUCUUCGUGGAGGGUAAUGGAUUCUUGGUGAAGUGGGAUGGUAUCAACAGGCUCUAUGUGACACUGUAUCCUGAGUAUAUGAAUAGGGUACGUGGUCUCUGUGGGACCUACGACCACAACCAGAACAACGACUUCAUGACCCCUGCAGGCGACAUCGAAACCAGCAUCGUUGCCUUUGCCAACAAAUUCGCCGUGGACCCCGAUUGUCAGGAAACGGAAACCUCCCUCCCACUGUCUCCCUGCAGCCUCAACUCGCACAUGGAGAGCUUUGCAGCCGAGAAGUGCGGGGUUAUGAAUAGCGAUGCCUUCAGGCCGUGCCAUGGGAGCGUGAGCCCGGAUAUGUACUACGAUAUGUGCCUGUAUGAUGUCUGUGGCUGUGAUGCAGGAAACACCUUGGAGUGUCUCUGCGAGGUCAUCGCAGGUUAUGCCACUGAUUGUGCUAAUGAGGGAGUGUAUGUGGAGUGGAGAGACCAUCCAUCCAUAUCUGAGUAUUGCAGUGUGCAGUGUGACGGUGGUCAGGUCUACCAGCAGUGUGGGCCGACCUGCGGUCAGACAUGUCGUGACCUCUCCGUGACCUGCCAUGAGACGGACGAAUGCGUUGAGGGAUGCAAUUGCCCUGACAAUACCGUACUGGACGAUGAAGGUAACUGCAUCUCUCCAGUCAACUGCCCCUGCUACCAUCAGGAUCAGUCUUACCCAGCUGGAUCACUCAUUGAACAGAUGUGUCAAAACUGCCUCUGUAUCAAUGGAUCAUUCCACUGCGAGGGGGAGAAAUGCAACAUCACUGACAUGUGCCCAGAGAACCAACUCUAUGACCAGCUAGCUCCAGGAUGCCCCCAGACCUGUGAGAGUGUCGCCCAUGGCUUCAGCUGCGGUGUGGACGCUGGGCCAGGGUGCAUGUGCCCUGAAGGAUAUCUGCUCGAUGGAGAGUUAUGUGUGCUGCCAUCUGAGUGCCCUUGUUACCAUGGAGACAGACGAUAUGAACAAGGGGAAAUUGUUCACAUCGAUACAUGCAAUGAAUGUUACUGUAAUGGUUCUCAUUGGUAUUGCACAGAGGAUGACUGUCCAGGCUUGUGCUCAGCUGUGGGUGAAGGUCACUACACCACCUUCGACGGCAAGAAGUACACUUUCACCGGUGACUGCCGCUACACCCUCGCUCAGGAUGUCAAUGGGACGUUCUCUAUCGAGGUCGAGAACAUCCAGUGUGGUUCCAGUGGCGUCACCUGCACCAGAGCUAUUGAGAUCAUCUUUGAAGAUGACUCCACCAUAUUCCUGGUCCGGGGAGGCGAGGUGACGGUGAACGGAGUCCCGGUCUCGCUGCCGAAGUACUAUUCCGCCUGGAGCAUAGAGCGAUCUGGGUUCUUCUAUGUCAUUUUUGUGAACUUCGGAUUGGAAGUCUUGUGGGACGGAGGCACCAGAAUCUAUGUCUCGGUUACUCCAGACUUUGAACAGCGCCUCUCUGGUCUGUGUGGCAACUUUGAUGGGGAUCAGGAGAACGAUUUCACAGCUCGUAAUGGUGCGGUAGAGCACAGCAGUGAUAACUUUGCUAACAGCUGGAAAGUUAGCAGCGGUUGCCCAGAACUCUACAAAGAAGACCUCAUACACCCCUGCAGGGUGAAUAGUCAUCGUGAAGCUUGGGCUCAACGUCGAUGUAGCAUCCUCAUGUCUAGAACGUUUGCACCAUGCCAUUCUGUGGUUGAUCCAGAGACUUAUCUUGCAAAUUGUAUCUAUGAUUCCUGUGGAUGUGACUUGGGCGGUGACUGUGAAUGUCUGUGUACAGCUAUUGCAGUGUAUGCCAUGGAAUGCUCAAGACAUGGAUUUGAUAUCAGAUGGAGGUCCCAAGAUUUAUGUGCUGUUCAAUGCGACGCUGGAUAUGAGUACAAUACUUGUGGUUCAACGGCUAUUGAUACCUGUGCAUCUUUUGACCGAGAUCAAAUAGGAUUUGGAAACUGUGCAGAGGGAUGUCAUUGCCCCAACGGAACCUUGUCUGAAGAUGGUGAAUGUAUUGCCAAUGUUGAAUGUCCAUGUCACCAGGAUGGUAUUGAAUAUGCUGCAGGGACUGUUACCUCAAUCAAUUGUCAGAACUGUACCUGUCAUGCUGGGACUAUGGAGUGCACAGGAGAACCUUGUGAAGUAACAUGUGGCAUUCUAGAAUUCAUGUGUGAUAGUGGACUAUGUAUUCCUAUGGGCUGGUUAUGUGAUGGCCUUGAUGACUGUGGAGAUGGCACAGAUGAAACAGAUUGCACCUUUGAAUGUGAUCCUGAUGAAUUCCAGUGUGUAAGCAGUGGUCUGUGUAUUGAUGGUAACUUCUACUGUGAUGGAACACAGGAUUGUACAGAUUCCUCCGAUGAAAUCGGAUGUGUCGUGACAUGUGGGCCAGAAGAAUUCAUGUGUGAAGAUGGUCUCUGUAUUCCCAAAUCAUUUGUAUGUGACGGUGACUUUGACUGUAGUGACGGUGAUGCAACCGAUGAAGAUAACUGUGUGACUCCAAGCCCGACUCCGUCUAAGAAUGUUACAUGCGCAUCCGACCAAUUCACAUGUGACAAUGGCCUGUGUGUUUCCGGUGGUAAUGACAGCGUAGUUUGCGACGGGAUAAAUGACUGCGGUGAUAUGUCAGAUGAGAGCUAUUGUGGUACAACACCACACCCUCAUCCCCAAACAACAAAACCGAGUUGCUCAGAGAAUCAGUGGCGAUGCCAAGAAGGGUCUUCUUGCAUCCUUUCAAUACAACGUUGUGAUGGAGUGUCUGAUUGUCCAAAUGGAUCUGAUGAAUUUGGUUGCGUACAACAAACCACUAUGCCGGUAAAGAUAACAUCACAGGCUACUACAUCAAUAACAAUUACCUCUACUCCUGCAGUGACAACCCCAGCUGUGACAACACCUGCAGUAACCACACAAGAAGUAACUACUCCUGCAGUGACAACCCCAGCUGUUACAACACCUGCUGUAACUACACAAGAAGUAACUACUCCUGCAGUGACAACUCCAGCUAUGACAACACCUGCUGUAACUACACAAGAAGUAACUACUCCUGCAGUGACAACCCCAGCUGUUACAACACCUACUGUAACUACACAAGAAGUAACUACUCCUGCAGUGACAAGCCCAGCUGUGACAACACCUGUUGUAACUACACAAGAAGUAACUACUCCUGCAGUGACAACUCCAGCUGUUACAACAACUGCUGUAACUACACAAGAAGUAACUACUCCUGCAGUGACAACCCCAGCUGUGACAACAUCUGCUGUAACUACACAAGAAGUAACUACUCCUGCAGUGACAAGCCCAGCUGUGACAACACCUGCUGUAACUACACAAGGAGUAACUACUCCUGCAUUGACAACCCCACAUGUGACAACACCUGCUGUAACCACACAAGAAGUAACUACUCCAGAAGUGACAACUCGAGCUGUGACAACACCUGCUGUAACUACACAAGAAGUAACUACUCCUGUAGUGACAACCCCAGCUAUGACAACACCUGCUGUAACUACACAAGAAGUAACUACUCCUGCAGUGACAACUCCAGCUGUUACAACAACUGCUGUAACUACACAAGAAGUAACUACCCCAGCAGUGACAACUCCAGCUGUGACAACACCUGCUGUAACUCCACAGGAAGUAACUACUCCUGUAGUGACAACCCCAGCUGUGACAACACCUGCUGUAACUACAGAAGAAGUAACUUCUCCUGCAGUAACAACCCCAGCUGUGACAACACUUGCUGUAACUACACAAGAAGUAACUACCCCUGCAGUGACUACACCAGCAGUAACCACUCCUGCAGUGACUACACCGGAAGUGACCACUCAUGCUGUGACAACUCCAGCUGUAACCACAUCAGCAGUAACCACUCUUGCAGUAACCACUCCUGCAGUGACUACACGGGUAGUGACUACCCCUGCAAUUACUACACAAGCAGUAACCACUCCUGCAGUGACUACAACAGCACAAACCACUCCAGCUGUGACGACACCUGCAAUAACCACUCUAGCUGUCACAGAAAUACUGGAAAAUGGUCAUACAACUACUCUUCCAAUGUAUACACUACCUGAAUUGUCUACCACUGCAAUAACCACACCUCCAGUGACCAAACAUGCAGUGACAACUCCUGCAGUAACUACUCCUGCCUUGACUACACCAGCAGUAACCACUCCGGCAGUGACUACAGCGGAAGUGACCACUCGUGCUGUGACAACUCCUGCAGUAACAACUCUUGCAGUAACCUCUCCUGCAGUUACUACACCAGCACUAACCUCUCCUGCAUCGACUACUCCUGCAGCAACUACUUUUGCCGUUACAACACCAAAGCCAUCUUCAAGUACUGCAUACGUUACCCCAUCCUCAUCCCCCAUUGCAUAUGAAACAACAAAGGAAGUAACGAGUCAUACUACUUCUCAAACACCAUCCCCAAAGAUUUUGACAGAUUCAGAAUACACUACUCAUGCAACACCAAUAAUGUACACUGCUUCUACUCCUGUGGUAGUUACUCAGACCACCUUACAACCUCCCACUGUUACCACAAGUCCAAUGGUGACAAGUGCAUCAUCAAGCACUACAGAAAGAGUGACACCCUAUUCAACUGAAUCACCAACAACAGCUUACAUGACACCUUCCUCAUCCCCUGAAGUUACAACCCCUGCAAUUACUACGCCGGCAGUAACCACUCCGGCAGUGACUACAUCAGCAGUAACAACUCCUGCAAUAACCACUCCAGCACUGACUACACCAGCUCUAACCACUCCAGCAGUGACUACACCGGCAGUGACAACCCCUGCAAUCACUACACCAGCAGUAACCACUCCUGUUGUGACAACUCCUGCAGUAACUACUCCUGCUGUGACAACACCUGCUGUAACCACUCAAGCAGUGACCACACUGGCAGUGACGACCCCUGCGAUUACUACGCCAGCGGGAACCACACCUGCAGUGACUACAGCGGCAGUAACAACCCCUGAAAUUACUACCCCAGCAGUAACCACUAUGGCAGUGACAACCCCUGUAGUAACAACUGCUGCAGUGACUACACCAGCACUAACCACUCCAGCUGUUAUUACGCCGGAUGUAACCACUCCAGCAGUGGCUACACCAGAAGUGACCACCCCUGCAAUUACUACGUCAGCAGUAACCACUCUUGCAGUGACUACACCAGCAGCAACCACUCCUGCCGAGACAACUCCGGAAGUAAUCACUACAGCACUGACUACACCGGCAGUGACAACCCCUGCAAUUACUACACCAGCAUUAACCACUCCUUCAGUGACUACACCUGCAUUAACAACUCCUGCAGUAACCACUCCAGCUGUGACUACACCUGCAAUAACCACUCCGUCUGUGACAACACCUGCUGUAACCACUCCAGCAGUGACUACACCGGCAGCAACAACUCCUGCAAUCACUACAACAGCAAUAACCACUCCGACAGUGACUACACCAGCAGUAACCACUCCUGUUGUGACAACUCCUGCAGAAACCACUCCAGCAGUGACAACACUUUCAGUAACAACUACUGCAGUGACUACACCAGCAGUAACCACUCCUGCUGUGACAACUCCUGCAGUAACCACUCCGGCAGUGACCUCACCAGUAGUUACAACUUCUGUUUCUACGUCGGCUGUCACAGAAAUACUGGAAAAUGGUCAUACAACUACUCUUCCAGUGUAUACACUACCUGAAUUGUCUACCACUUCAGUUACUACUCCUGCAUUGACUACACCAGCAGAAACCACUCCUGAAGUAACUACACAGACAGUGACGACCCCUGUAAUUACUACACAAGCAGUAACCACUCCGGCAGUGACAACACCAGCAGUUACCACUCCUGCUGUGACAACUCCUGCAAUAACCACUCCUGCAGUGACUACACCUGCAAUUACCACGCCAACUCUGACAACACCAGAAAUAACAACUCCUGUUGUUACAUCUCCUGCAGUAACCACUCCGGCAGUGACCUCACCAGUAGUGACAACUCCUGCAGUAACAACUCCGGCAUUGACUACACUAGCAGUUACCACUCCUGCAGUAACCACUCCAGCAGUGAUGACACCAGCCGUUUCCACUCCUGCAUUGACUACCCCUGCAGUAACCACUCCGGCAGUGACGACACCAGCCGUUUCUAGUCCUGCAUUAACUACUCCUGCAGUAACAACUUUUGUCAUUACAACACCAAAGCCAUCUUCAAGUACUGCAUACGUUACCCCAUCCUCAUCCCCCAUUGCAUAUGAAACAACAAAAGAAGUAACGAGUCAUACUACUUCUCAAACACCAUCUCCACAGAUUUUGACAGAUUCAGAAUACACUACUCAUGCAACACCAAUAAUUUACACUGCUUCUACUCCUGUGGUAGUUACUAAGACCACCUUACAACCUCCCACUGUUAGCACAAGUCCAAUGGUGACAAGUGCAUCAUCCAGCACUACAAAAAUAGUGACACUCUAUUCAACUGAAUCACCAACAACAGCUUACAUGACACCUUCAUCAUCCCCUGAAGUUACAACCCCUGCUGUCACCACUCAAGCAGUGACUACACCGGCACUGACCACCCCUGCAAUUACUACACCAGCAGUAACCACUCCAGCUGUAACUUCACCUGCAGUCACCACUCCAGCUGUAACUACACCAGCAGUGACUACACCAGCAGUAACCACUCCGGCAGUGACUACACCAGCAGUUACCACUCCUGCUGUGACAACUCCUGUAAUAACCACUUCUGCAGUGACUACACCUGCAAUUACCACACCAACUCUGACAACACCAGAAAUAACCACUCCUGUUGUGACAACUCCUGCAGUAAACACUCCAGCUGUGACUACACUAGCAGUGACAACCCCUGCAAUUACUACACCAGCAGUAACCACUCCAGCUAUGACAACACCCCCUGUUACCACUUCAGCAGUGACUACACCAGCAGUGACAACCCCUGCAAUUACUUCACCAGCAGUUACCACUCCUUCAGUGACUACACCUGCAUUAACAACUCCUGCAGUAACCACUCCAGCUGUGACUGCACCUGUAAUAACCACUCCAGCAGUGACUACACCGGCAGUGACAACCCCUGCAAUCACUACACCAGCAGUAACCACUCAUGCAGUGACUACACCAGCAGUAAGCACUCGUGCUGCAACAACUCCUGCAGUAACCACUCUGGCAGUGACCUCACCAGUAGUUACAACUUCUGUUUCUACAUCAGCUUUCACAGAAAUACUGGAAAAUGGACAUACAACUACUCUUCCAGUGUAUACACUACCUGAAUUGUCUACCACUUCAGUUACUACUCCUGCAUUGACUACACCAGCAGAAACCACUCCUGCAGUAACUACACCGGCAGUGACGACCCCUGUAAUUACUACACAAGCAGUAACCACUUCGGCAGUGAAAACACCAGCAAUAACCACUCCUGCUGUGACAACUCCUGCAGUAACCACUCCGGCAGUGACUACACCAGCAGUGACCACCCCUGCACUUACUACCCCAGCAGUAACCACCCCUGCAGUGACUACACCAGCUGUAACUUCACCUGCAGUCACCACUCCAGCUGUAACUACACCAGCAGUGACUAUACCUGCAAUUACCACACCAACUCUGACAACACCAGAAAUAAGCACUCCUGCUGUGACAACUCCUGCAAUAACCACUCCUGCAGUGACUACACCUGCAAUUACCACACCAACUCUGACAACACCAGAAAUAACCACUCCUGUUGUGACAACUCCUGCAGUAACCACUCCAGCUGUGACUACACUAGCAGUGACAACCCCUGCAAUUACUACACCAGCAGUAACCACUCCAGCUAUGACAACACCCCCUGUUACCACUUCAGCAGUGACUACACCAGCAGUGACAACCCCUGCAAUUACUUCACCAGCAGUUACCACUCCUUCAGUGACUACACCUGCAUUAACAACUCCUGCAGUAACCACUCCAGCUGUGACUGCACCUGUAAUAACCACUCCAGCAGUGACUACACCGGCAGUGACAACCCCUGCAAUCACUACACCAGCAGUAACCACUCAUGCAGUGACUACACCAGCAGUAAGCACUCGUGCUGCAACAACUCCUGCAGUAACCACUCUGGCAGUGACCUCACCAGUAGUUACAACUUCUGUUUCUACAUCAGCUGUCACAGAAAUACUGGAAAAUGGACAUACAACUACUCUUCCAGUGUAUACACUACCUGAAUUGUCUACCACUUCAGUUACUACUCCUGCAUUGACUACACCAGCAGAAACCACUCCUGCAGUAACUACACCGGCAGUGACGACCCCUGUAAUUACUACACAAGCAGUAACCACUCCGGCAGUGAAAACACCAGCAAUAACCACUCCUGCUGUGACAACUCCUGCAGUAACCACUCCGGCAGUGACUACACCAGCAGUGACCACCCCUGCACUUACUACCCCAGCAGUAACCACCCCUGCAGUGACUACACCAGCAGUUACCACUCCUGCUGUGACAACUCCUGCAAUAACCACUCCUGCAGUGACUACACCUGCAAUUACCACACCAACUCUGACAACACCAGAAAUAAGCACUCCUGCUGUGACAACUCCUGCAAUAACCACUCCUGCAGUGACUACACCUGCGAUUACCACACCAACUCUGACAACACCAGAAAUAACCACUCCUGUUGUGACAACUCCUGCAGUAACCACUCCAGCUGUGACUACACUAGCAGUGACAACCCCUGCAAUUACUACACCAGCAGUGAAAACCCCUGAAAUUACUACGCCAGAAGUAACCACUCCAUCAAUGACUACACCGGCGGUGACAACCUUUGCUAUUACUACACCAGCAUUAACCACUCCGGCUGUGACUACACCUGCAAUAACCACUCCAGCUGUGACAACACCUGCUGUAACCACUCCAGCAGUGACUACACCGGCAGUGACAACCUCUGCAAUCACUACACCAGCAGUAACCACUCCGGCAGUGACUACACCAGCAGUAACCACUCCUGUUGUGACAACUCCUGCAGUAACUACUCCUUCUGUGACAACACCUGCUGUAACCACUCCCGCAGUGACCACACUGGCAGUGACAACCCCUGCAAUUACUACGCCAGCAGGAACCACACCUGCAGUGACUACACCGGCAGUAACAACCCCUGAAAUUACUACGCCAGCAGUAUCCACUAUGGCAGUGACAACCCCUGCAGUUACCUCACCAGCAGUUACCACUCCUUCAGUGACUACACCUGCAUUAACAACUCCUGCAGUAACCACUCCAGCUGUGACUACACCUGCAAUAACCACUCCGGCUGUGACAACACCAGCAGUAACCACUCCGGCAGUGACUACACCAGCAGUAACCACUCCUGUUGUGACAACUCCUGCAGAAACCACUCCGGCAGUGACAACACCGGCUGUAACCACUCCAGCAGUGACUACACCGGCAGUGACAACCUCUGCAAUCACUACACCAGCAGUAACCACUCCGGCAGUGACUACACCAGCAGUAACCACUCCUGUUGUGACAACUCCUGCAGUAACCACUCCAGCUGUUACUACGCCUGCUGUAACCACUCCAGCAGUGACUACACCAGCAGUGACCACCCCUGCAAUUACUACGGCAGCAGUAACCACUCUUGCAGUGACUACACCAGCAGCAACCACUCCUGCUGGUACAACUCCGGAAGCAACCACUCCAGCACUGACUACACCGGCAGUGACAACCCCUGCAAUUACUACACCAGCAUUAACCACUCCUUCAGUGUCUACACCUGCAUUAACAACUCCUGCAGUAACCACUCCAGCUGUGACUGCACCUGCAAUAACCACUCCGUCUGUGACAACACCUGCAGUAACCACUCCGGCAGUGACUACACGAGCAGUAACCACUCCACUUUUGACAACUCCUGCAGAAACCACUCCGGCAGUGAUAACACCUUCAGUAACAACUCCUGCAGUGACUUCACCAGCAGUUACCACUCCUGCUGCAACAACUCCUGCAGUAACCACUCCGGCAGUGACCUCACCAGUAGUUACAACUUCUGUUUCUACGUCAGCUGUCACAGAAAUACUGGAAAAUGGUCAUACAACUACUCUUCCAGUGUAUACACUACCUGAAUUGUCUACCACUUCAGUUACUACUCCUGCAUUGACUCCACCAGCAGAAACCACUCCUGCAGUAACUACACCGGCAGUGACGACCUCUGUAAUUACUACACCAGCAUUAACCACACUGGCAGUGACAACCCCUGCGAUUACUACGCCAGCAGGAACCACACCUGCAGUGACUACACCGGCAGUAACAACCCCUGAAAUUACUACGCCAGCAGUAACCACUAUGGCAGUGACAACCCCUGCAGUUACCUCACCAGCAGUUACCACUCCUUCAGUGACUACACCUGCAUUAACAACUCCUGCAGUAACCACUCCAGCUGUGACUACACCUGCAAUAACCACUCCGGCUGUGACAACACCAGCAGUAACCACUCCGGCAGUGACUACACCAGCAGUAACCACUCCUGUUGUGACAACUCCUGCAGAAACCACUCCGGCAGUGACAACACCUGCUGUAACCACUCCAGCAGUGACUACACCGGCAGUGACAACCUCUGCAAUCACUACACCAGCAGUAACCACUCCUGUUGUGACGACUCCUGCAGUAACCACUCCAGCUGUUACUACGCCUGCUGUAACCACUCCAGCAGUGACUUCACCAGCAGUGACCACCCCUGCAAUUACUACGGCAGCAGUAACCACUCUUGCAGUGACUACACCAGCAGCAACCACUCCUGCUGGUACAACUCCGGAAGCAACCACUCCAUCACUGACUACCCCGGCAGUGACAACCCCUGCAAUUACUACACCGGCAUUAACCACUCCUUCAGUGUCUACACCUGCAUUAACAACUCCUGCAGUAACCACUCCAGCUGUGACUACAUCUGCAAUAACCACUCCGUCUGUGACAACACCAGCAGUAACCACUCUGGCAGUGACUACACCAGCAGUAACCACUCCUGUUGUGACAACUCCUGCAGUAACCACUCCUGCUGCAACAACUCCUGCAGUAACCACUCUCGCAGUGACCUCACCAGUAGUUACAACUUCUGUUUCUACGUCAGCUGUCACAGAAAUACUGGAAAAUGGUCAUACAACUACUCUUCCAGUGUAUACACUACCUGAAUUGUCUACCACUUCAGUUACUACUCCUGCAUUGACUACACCAGCAGAAACCACUCCUGCAGUAACUACACCGGCAGUGACGACCCCUGUAAUUACUACACCAGCAUUAACCACUCCGGCAGUGACAACACCAGCAAUAACCACUCCUGCUGUGACAACUCCUGCUGUAACCACUCUGGCAGUGACUACACCAGCAGUGACCACUCCUGCAGUGACUACACCUGCAAUUACCACGCAAACUCUGACAACACCAGAAAUAACCACUCCUCUUGUGACAACUCCUGCAGUAACCACUUCGGCAUUUACUACACUAGCAGUUACCACUUCUGCAGUGACAACUCCUGCAGUAACCACUCCAGCAGUGACAACACCAGCCGUUUCCACUCCUGCAUUGACUACCCCUGCAGUAACCACUCCGGCAGUGACGACACCAGCCGUUUCCAGUCCUGAAUUGACUACUCCUGCAGUAACAACUUUUAUCAUUACAACACCAAAGCCAUCUUCAAGUACUGCAUACGUUACCCCAUCCUCAUCCCCCAUUGCAUAUGAAACAACAAAAGAAGUAACUAGUCAUACUACUUCUCAAACACCAUCUCCACAGAUUUUGACAGAUUCAGAAUACACUACUCAUGCAACACCAAUAAUUUACACUGCUUCUACUCCUGUGGUAGUUACUAAGACCACCUUACAACCUCCCACUGUUAGCACAAGUCCAAUGGUGACAAGUGCAUCAUCCAGCACUACAAAAAUAGUGACACUCUAUUCAACUGAAUCACCAACAACAGCUUACAUUACACCUUCCUCAUCCCCUGAAGUUACAACCCCUGCUGUGACAACGCCUGCUGUCACCACUCCAGCAGUGACUACACCGGCAGUGACCACCCCUGCAAUUACUACACCAGCAGUAACCACUCCAGCUGUAACAUCACCUGUAGUCACCACUCCAGCUGUAACUACACCAGCAGUGACUACACCAGCAGUAACCAUCCCAGCAGUGACCACCCCUGCAAUUACUACGCCAGCAGUAACCACUCUUGCAGUGACUACACCAGCAGUAACCUCUCCUGCCAAGACAACUCCGGAAGUAACCACUCCAUCAAUGACUACACCGGCAGUGACAACCUUUGCGAUUACUACACCAGCAUUAACCACUCCUGCAGUGACAACCCCUGCAAUUACUACACCAGCAGUAACCACUCCAGCUGUGACUACUUCUGCAAUAACCACUCCGGCUGUGACAACACCUGCUGUAACCACUCCAGCAGUGACUACACCAGCAGUAACCACUCUUGCAGUGACUACACCAGCAGUAACCUCUCCUGCCAAGACAACUCCUGCAGUAACCACUCCAUUACUUACUACACCGGCACUGACCACCCCUGCAAUUACAACACCAGCAGUAACCACUCCAGCUGUAACUUCACCUGCAGUCACCACUCCAGCUGUAACUACACCAGCAGCGACUACGCCAGCAGUAACCACUCCAUCAAUGACUACACCUGCAGUGACAACCUUUGUUAUUACUACACCAGCAUUAACCACUCCGACAGUGACUACACCCGCAAUAACCACUCCAGCUGUGACAACACCUGCUGUAACCACUCCAGCAGUGACAACACUGGCAGUGACAACCCCUGCAAUUACUACGCCAGCAGUAACCACUCUGGCAGUGACAACCCCUGCAGUGACUACACCAGCACUAACCACUCCAAGUGUGACUACGCCUGCUGUAACCACUCCAGCAGUGACUGCACCGGCAAUGACCACCCCUGCAAUUACUACGCCAGCAGUAACUACUCCAGCUGUGACUACUCCUGCAGUAACCACUUCAGCUCUGACUACACCUGCAAUAACCACUCCAACAGUGACCUCACCAGCAGUGACAACCGCUGUUUCUACAUCAGCUGUCACAGAAAUACUUGAAAAUGGUCAUACAACUACUCUCCCAGUGUAUACACUACCUGAAUCGCCUACCACUGUAAUAACCACACCUCCAGUGACCACACACGCAGUAACCACUCCUGCUAUGACAACUCCAGCUGUAACCACACCAGCAGUAACCACUCUUGCAGUAACCUCUCCUGCAGUUACUACACCAGCACUAACCACUCCUGCAUCGACAACUCCUGCAGCAACUACUUUUGCCGUUACAACACCAAAGCCAUCUUCAAGUACUGCAUACGUUACCCCAUCCUCAUCCCCCAUUGCAUAUGAAACAACAAAAGAAGUAACGAGUCAUACUACUUCUCAAACACCUUCUCCAAAGAUUUUUACAGAUUCAGAAUACACUACUCAUGCAACACCAAUAAUUUACACUGCUUCUACUCCUGUGGUAGUUACUCAGACAACCUUACAACCUCCCACUGUUAGCACAAGUCCAAUAGUGACAAGUGCAUCAUCCACCACUACAGAAAUAGGGACACUCUAUUCAACUGAAUCACCAACAACGGCUUACAUGACACCUUCCUCAUCCCCUGAAGUUACAACCCCUGCUGUGACAACACCUGCUAUUACCACUCCAGCUGUAACUUCACCUACAGUCACCACUCAAGCUGUAACUACACCUGCAAUUACCACUCCAGAAGUGACCACUCUGGCAAUGACUACACUAGCAGUAUCAACUCCUGCAGUGACCUCACCAGUAGUGACAACUCCUGCUGUGACAACUCCUGCAGUAACCACUCCUGCAGUGACAACUCCUGCAGUAACCACUCCGGCAAUGACUACACCAGCAGUAACCACUCCUGCAGUGACCUCACCAGUAGUGACAACUCCUGCUGUGACAACUCCUGCCGUAACCACUCCUGCUGUGACAACUCCUGCAGUAACCACUUCAGCGGUGACCACACCUGCAGUAACCACUCCAGCAGUGACAACUCCUGCAGUAACAACUCAUGCAGUGACUACACCAGCUGUAACCACUCCUGCUGUGACAACUCCUGCAGUAACAACUCCUGCAGUGACUACACCAGCUGUAACCACUCCUGCUGCGACAACUCCUGCAGUAACCACUCUGGCAGUGACCUCACCAGUAGUGACAACUCCUGUUUCUACAUCAGCUGUCACAGAAAUAUUGAAAAAUGGUCAUACAACUACUCUUCUAGUGUAUACACUACCUGAAUCGUCUACCACUGCAGUAACUACUCCUGCAUUGACUUCACCAGCAGAAACCACUCCUGAAGUAACUACACAGACAGUGACGACCCCUGUAACUACUACACAAGCAGUAACCACUCCGGCAGUGACAACACCAGCAGUUACCACUCCUGCUGUGUCAACUCUUGCAGUAACAACGUCCGCAAUAACUACACCAGCAGUAACCACUCCAGCAGUGACAACUCCUGCAGUAACCACUCCUGCAGUGAUUACACGAGCAGUAACUACUCCAGCUGUGACUACACCUGCAGCUACCACUCCAGCUGUGACUACUCCUGCAGUAACCACUCCAGCUCUGACUACACCAGUAGUAACCUCUCCUGUUGUGACCACACCAGCAGUAACCACCCCUGCAAUUACUACCCAAGCAGUAACCACUCCUGCUGUGUCUACACCUGCAAUAACCACUCCUGCAGUAAGUACACCUGCAGUAACUACAUCGGCGGUGACUACACCAGCAUUGACCACCCCUGCAAUAACUACACCAGCAGUAACCACUUCGGCAGUGACUACACCAGCAGUAAGCACUCCUGCAGUGACAACUCCUGCAGUAACCACUCCUGCAGUGACAACACCGGCAUUGACCACCCCUGCAAUAACUACACCAUCUGUAACCACUUCGGCAGUGACUACACCAGAAGUUACCACUCUUGCUGUGACGACUCCUGCAGUAACCACUCCUGCAGUGACUACACCAGCAGUAACCACUCCUGCAGUAACAACUCCGGCAGUGACUACACCGGCAGUGACUACCCCUGCAAUUACUACACCAGCAGUAACCACUCUGGCAGUGACUACACCAGCAGUUACCACUCCUGCUGUGACAACUCCUUCAGUAACCCCUCCGGCAGUGACAACUCCGGCAGUGACUUCACCAGUACUGACAACUCCUGUUUCUACAUCAGCUGUCACAGAAAUACUGGAAAAUGGUCAUACAACUACUCUUCCAGUGUAUACACUACCUGAAUUGUCUACCACUGCAGUAACUUCUCCUGCCUUGACUACGACAGCAGAAACCACUCCUGCAUUAACUACACCGGCAGUGACCACCCCUGUAAUUACUACACACGCAUUGACUACUCUUGCAGUGACUACACCAGCAAUAACCACUCCUGCUGUGACAACUCCUGCAGUAACCACUCCGGAAUUGACUACAGUAGCAGUAACCACUCCUGCAGUAACAACACCAUCUGUGACUUCACCUUCAGUAACCACUCCUGCAAUGACAACACCUGCAGUAACCACUCCUGCAGUUACUACACCAGCAGUAACCACCCCUGCAGUGACUACAUCUGCUGUAACAACUCCUGCAGUGACUACACCAGCUGUAACUACUCCUGUUGUGACAACUCCUGCAGUAACCACUCUGGAAGUGACUACAGCAGCAGUAACCACCCCUUCAGUCACUACACCAGCAUUAACCACUCCUGCAGUGACAACACCAUCUGUGACUUCACCUUCAGUAACCACUCCUGCAAUGACAACACCUGCAGUAACCACUCCUGCAGUUACUACACCAGCAGUAACCACCCCUGCAGUGACUACAUCUGCUGUAACAACUCCUGCAGUGACUACACCAGCUGUAACUACUCCUGUUGUGACAACUCCUGCAGUAACCACUCUGGAAGUGACUACAGCAGCAGUAACCACUCCUGCAGUCACUACACCAGCAGUAACCACUCCUGCAGUCACUACACCAGCAGUAACCACUCCUGCAGUGACAACACCAUCUGUGACUUCACCUUCAGUAACCACUCCUGCAAUGACAACACCUGCAGUAACCACUCCUGCAGUUACUACACCAGCAGUGACUACAUCUGCUGUAACAACUCCUGCAGUGACUACACCCGCUCUAACCACUCCUGUUAUGACAACUCCUGCAGUAACCACUCCGGAAUUGACUACAGCAGCAGUAACCACUCCUGCAGUCACUACACCAGCAGUAACCACUCCUGCAGUGACAACACCAUCUGUGACUUCACCUUCAGUAACCACUCCUGCAAUGACAACACCUGCAGUAACCACUCCUGCAGUUACUACACCAGCAGUAACCACCCCUGCAGUGACUACAUCUGCUGUAACAACUCCUGUUAUGACAACUCCUGCAGUAACCACUCCGGAAUUGACUACAGCAGCAGUAACCACUCCUGCAGUCACUACACCAGCAGUAACCACUCCUGCAGUGACAACACCAUCUGUGACUUCACCUUCAGUAACCACUCCUGCAAUGACAACACCUGCAGUAACCACUCCUGCAGUUACUACACCAGCAGUAACCACCCCUGCAGUGACUACAUCUGCUGUAACAACUCCUGCAGUGACUACACCAGCUGUAACUACUCCCGCAUUGACAACUUCUGUGACUACACCUGCAGUAUCCACUUCUGCCAUCACAACUCCGGUUGUCACAACACCAAUAGUGACAAUUACUGAAAUCACAACAUCAACAGGAACGACGCCUACUGCGUGCCAAGUUGGUCAAUUUCAAUGUGAUAAUGGAAAUUGUGUUCUGAGUGGUCCGGACAGUCAACUCUGUGAUGGCUUCAAUGACUGUGGCGAUUAUUCCGAUGAAAGAGGAUGUGUUGUGACAACCACAUCUUCAGUUACUACAACCAUUUCAACACCAACUAUGUCUGCCACAACACAAGGUGUGUAUUCAACUUUGCCACCAACAAUCAGCCCUACAACUGAGACCACAACUACAGUCUAUUCAACAACAUUCAGUCAGAAUGCUACAACUCCACUUGUGUUGUAUACCACAAGUACCACCACGAGACUUACCACUAGUCAGGAAAUUACCACAGUAGUUUCUUCCAGCUGUCAUGAGCCACUGGGACUUGAAAGUGGAACCAUAGAACUUGAGGACAUCAAUGCCACUUCAGUGCGGGACACAAGCUCCUUGGAUAACAUCCGUCUGAACAGUGGACCAAACUCAAAUGGAUACGUGGGUUGGUCGCCUGAUGCUGCUGACACCUUGCCAUAUGUGACCUUUGACCUCAAGCAGAUAAAGCAGGUUUCAGGAGUGGUCCUUCAAGGAGGUGGACAGGACGGGGAUGAAUUCGUCAAGACGUUUGCAGUGGCUUUCAGUCUUGAUGAGAGCAACUUUUUGAAUGUCACAGAACCAAAUGGAAACAUUAAGAUAUUCCCUGGAAGUUCUGAUGCUGAUUCUGAAAAUGAAAUACUGUUCCCAGUCAGUCUUGUGGGACGUUACAUUCGCAUCUACGCUCUAGAGUAUAACAACCAUCCCACCAUGAGGCUGGAACUCAUUGGAUGUGAGCUAGAAGGCCCCACCCCAACAGUACCAGUUGUCACCACACGGCAAUGCUUCAAUGAUGAGUUUACCUGUAAUGAUGGAGCAUGUUUGCCUGGGGACAUGGUUUGCCAAGGAACUUGUGACUGUGCCGACUGUUCAGAUGAGGCCAUGUGUGGUACUACCACAACAUUACCAACUACUACUAUGGAAACAACAUCCUUGUAUACCACAGAAUCUACUACUGGACCAAGUUGUUCCUGGAACCCUUGGAGUGACUGGUCUACAUGUACAGUGACAUGUGGUGUUGGGACCAAGUACAGGGACAGGUCUGCUGCAAAUAGCUACUGUGGCAAUGAGGUUUCAGAUUCUCAUCAAGAAGAGUACUGCAACACAGCUGCUUGCCCAACCGAUGGAAACUGGUCUCCAUGGACUGAAUGGACGACGUGUGAUAAGACUUGCAACGGGGGCACUGCCUUCCGCUAUCGGAACUGUUCCAAUCCUGCACCAAAGAAUGGAGGUGUACCCUGUGUUGGUGAAGCCAUCCAAACAACAGCUUGCAACCCUCAAGAAUGUGAGAAUGAAUGUGAAGGGGGGCGUGUCUACACCACCUGUGCCACCAAAUGCCCCUCCACCUGUGCUGACCUCCAGGUUGGACUCACCUGUGUGGAGGAAGAAGGGUGCGUUGCCGGGUGUCGCUGCCCCAAUGGCACCCUGGAGCAAGGGGGAGAGUGCGUACCUCGGGAGCAGUGUGAUUGCCUUGAUGAGUAUGGGGACUCGUAUCCUCCGGGUUCCAGCUUCACUGAAGACUGUAGGAAUUGCUCUUGUGUGAAUGGAGUAGUGACUUUCAGUGAGGAGGCUUGUCCUGUGAACUGUAGCUGGAGUAGCUGGUCUAGCUGGACUGGAUGUUCUGCCGCUUGUGGUGAUGGGACCAAGACCAGAUUUAGAUCUCCUAACAAUCCUUCAGCACAGCAUGGUGGUGCAGAGUGUGAAGGACCUGCCUCAGAGGAAGUGACCUGUGACCUUGACCCUUGCCCUACCAACUGCACUGUGGGUGGAACCACCUAUGACAGUGGCGAUCUAGUCUCACAAGACCUCUGUAAUAAUUGCACCUGUAAAGAUGGAACCGUCAUGUGCACCAACAAUACCUGCGAUGGGAACUGGUCUCAAUGGUCUCCUUGGUCCACCUGCAAUGCAACCUGUGCCAAUGGUGUCACGGUGAGGACCAGGUCCUGCUCCAUGCCUGCUCCUAGCAAUGGAGGACUGGGAUGCGAGGGUGAUGCCAUCGAGGUGGAGGAUUGUAAUACGGACCCUUGUCCAACUGAUGGUGAGUGGUGUGGGUGGGAGCCAUGGAGUGACUGCACAGCACCUUGCGCCGGUGGAUACCACAACCGUAGCAGGGUGUGUGGGUGUCCAGAACCACAGUAUGGUGGAGAGGAAUGUCAAGGACCAGAUACGGAAACCGUUGCCUGCAAUGUACACCCAUGCCCAGUUGACUGUGUGCUUGGUGAAUGGACCGAUUGGACUAACUGUAGCGCCCUCUGUGACGGAGGUACUACGAGGCGCCAUCGUAACAUCACUGUGCCUGCUGCAUAUGGAGGUAUCCCAUGUAAUGGAUCCCUUCUGGAAUCUAAAGGAUGCAACAUGGAGCCUUGUGGGCCUGUAUGUGAGGGUGACUUGGUCGCCAGUGAUUGCGCUAACAGGUGCCCUCUCACCUGUUCUGAUAUCCAGAAAGGAACGGAAUGUCUCCUGGAAAACUGCACUGCUGGAUGUGCUUGUCCUGGUAACCAGGUACUUCAAGAUGGCCGCUGUGUAGAGCAGAGUGAUUGCCGAUGUCUCCUUGAUGCUGCUCACAUCAGUGACCUAGCCGAAGUUGUACUUCCUGAUGGAUCCAUAACAUCAAUUAGUCUUGAUGGGAUGGUUGAGUAUCCCCCUGGAGCGGUGGUUACCAGAGAAUGCAAUAACUGCACUUGCCAAGGUGGAUCAUAUGUUUGCACAGAAGCUGAUUGCGCAGUAAACUGUGGAUGGAGCGAGUGGUCUGACUGGUCAGAAUGUCCGCAGACUUGUGGUCAUGUGACCAACGGCAUCUACAGGGAGCGGACUCCAGACAACCCACCGGCAGCUUACGGAGGAUUGGAAUGUGAGGGAGAAAACAUUGAGUUUGCUGAUUGUGACUCAGGAAGCUGUCCAUGCGGGGAGAAUGAAGUAUGGUCCACUCCAGCAUCCAACUGCUCGAUGGUGACCUGUACAGACCUGAGCAAUGUGGCUACCUUCCAGCUCAACUCUUCCUGCUCAGUGCCAUCACAUCAAGAUGAAGAAACCUGCGUCUGCGAGCCAGGCUACUACCGUAACCAUGACUACGAGUGCGUUCUCCCGUCUUCUUGCCAGUGCGUGGACGAUGAGGGGGCAAUGAGGGGUGCGGGCGAGGUCUGGCAGAGGGGGCAAUGCGAGACGUGCCUGUGUGAGAACGGGGCCGUGGUCUGCAAGACGGAAUGCGAGCCAGUUGAAUGUGAAGAGGGAUAUAUCGCCGUUACUGAAGAAGGUGAAUGCUGUCCUGUUUGCAGGAAAGUGUCUGAGCCCAACCAGUGCACAACCAAACACCGCCGACAGAACUUCACCCUGGAUGGCUGCAUCGCCACGGACGUUCCCGUCACAACCUGCGACGGCUUCUGCCCCUCCAAGUGUGACACACUACUCAACCAACUCUUUGUGGACCAAACAUGCAACUGCUGCCGGGGUGUCCUCGGUGACACAGUGAGAGAGAUAGAGCUUGCCUGUCCAGACGGCAGCACAGUCGUUGGUUAUCUUCCAGAGAUAGAGAGAUGUGAAUGCCAACAAACCGAGUGUUCAGCCACAGGACGCUAACUACCCUACUCUGUUGAUGGACACCAUGUACACCAUGUCUUUGGGAGGUGUUACAAGAAACUUGUUUCUGAUCAUUACGAUCAUUGGCAUUAUCACCUGAAAAUUUGCAACUGAUAGAUCAAUUUUAACUUCCUGUUGCAAGAUACAGAGCAACAAUCAAUGGCAUUUUCCUGAUAAAGUCCAGCAUUAUGAUUGAUUUUUGGACUUAAGAAUGAUUGCUAUUGAUUAAAAGUUUUUUGCAACACCCAACUUUGAGAUUGUUUUGAUUAUGGUCUCCAAGGACAUGCUGUAUCAGCCUUGAAUUAUGGACGUCGGAUAAAAUAGAAAAAGAAAGCUUUACUAAAGUGUUAUUGUUAAUGUUUGAAUAUAACAUCCCCUCCCUUAAAUGAGAUUUGAAUAAUGCGAUAAAGUAUGGACAUUAGAGUGCCACAGGGGCGGAUCCAGGAUUUUCCAAAAGGGGGAAGGCACAUUUUUCCAAGGAAAAUUUGACAAGCAAGCAAAAAUAAAUAGUUUUAACCAAAAAUUAAUAUUUCGUCCCUGAAAAAUUUUGACAAGCAAAGAAAAGAGGUCUUCACUUUCAAAAGGAAUGGGGGCACACUUGUUAUACUGCAAUUUUUACAUUACAAAUUUUAAUUUUGCUUCUCAAAGGGUCAUGGGCCGGCUGUGUUCCCCCCUCCCCUGGAUCCCCCAGUGGAGUGCCAUAUGAUCAUUAAGUUUAUUCAGAAUUGUGUAAUAAAUGCGAGUUUUGAGUUUCUAAAUUUAACAUUUAUGAAUAAAGAUAUUUUACAGUGCAAUAGCAAAGG